UACUCCUGAAUAAGAAGGCGGGUCCAGCAGCUUGCGCCAAUCAGGGACGCUGUUACUUCCUUGCUGGAAAUGUCGAAUGAGGAACAAGAAUGUUCGGCGGUUUCCGCCCCUGGCUCCAUUUUUGAAUCCGGUGUAGAUUUUGUGAGGUGUGUGACAGCUGGUUUCCGUCGGUGUCACCUAUUCUGACGGCAGGCCCCUCCGAGAGGACCUCUGCACGCGUCCGGAGCAGGACAUGGAGUCCGUGACUUUUGAGAAUAUGGAUGUGAACUUCACAUCAGACAAAUGGACUUUAUUGGAUUCUAGUCAAAGGAAGCUCUACAGAGAUGUGAUGAAGGAAAACUAUGAACCUGAUCUCCAUAGGAUCCAGUAAAAUUUGAGGAUGUGGCAGUGAACUUCACCUCAGAAGAGUGGGCUGUGUUGGAUUCUAGUCAAAAGAAGCUCUACAGAGAUGUGAUGAAGGAAACAUUUUUGAACCUGAUCUCCAUAGAAAAAGCACUAGAGGAAAAUAUUGAAGAGGACUAUAAAGAUCACAACAGGAAUAUGGGAAUUCAGGGGAUUGAGAAAGACCAUGGAUAUGAAUGUUAUACUGAGUGUGAUAAAAACCAGCAAUCUAUUCUAGAGAGUAUGAUCAAUAAAGACAUGCCACCCAGAGUAAAAGCUCAUGAGACUUCAUUUUAUGUAAGAAACAUUAUUGGUCAUUUAUCCUUACAUGGGUAUCUCAAAGAAAAUACUAGAGGAAAACCACCACUGUUUAAGGGAGCUGUGGCAAAAGCUUUUACACAUCAGAAACAUUGGAAAGAUAGCAGUUAUUCUGAAUCACUUCAAGUACUUGAAGCUUCUCCUGAAGAGAAACCCAGUAAAAUUCAACAGUGUAAUGAAGCCUGUAGGAGUCUCUGUUUUGAUCAGCCUCAGGAGAGAAGUCAUACUGAAAAUAAACCCAAUGAGAAUGUCUUAAUGAGAUGCACAUAUGACCAGAAUGAUGAAGGAACCCAUAAAGAAGUGAAACAAUUCAUAUGCAAUCUCAGUGAAGAAUCCUUCCUUGAUUCCAGCGAUCUUACCAACCACGAAAAAAGUCAUAUUGAAAAGAAAUGGUACAUUUGUAGGGAAUGUGGCAAAACAUUUAAAUAUGCAGCAUGUUUUGAGAAACAUAAAGUAACUCACAUAGGAGAGAAGCCAUAUGCUUCCAUACAUUAUGGAAACUCCUUCACCCAGUUCAAUCAUCAUAACAGUCAUGAAAGCAGUUACACUGGUCAAAAACCUUAUGCUUGCAAGCACUGUGGAAAAAAUUUCACCAGUUCUUCUUAUCGAAACAUUCAUGAAAGAAUUCACACUGGAGAGAAAUCUUAUCCAUGUAAGCAUUGUGGAAAAGCAUUCAACCACCCCAGUAGUCGUAACAGACAUGAGAGAAGCCACACUGCAGAGAAACCUUAUGCCUGCAAUCAUUGUGGAAAAAUGUUUACCAGUUCUUCUUAUCGAAACAUUCAUGAAAGAAUGCACACUGUAGAGAAACCUUAUGCAUGUAAGCAUUGUGGGAAAGCAUACACCAAUUCCAAUGCUUGUAGCAUUCAUGAAAGAAUGCACAUGGCAGAGAGGCAUUAUAUAUGCAAGUAUUGUGGGAAAACCUUUUCCUGUCCCAGUCUUCUGAAUACACAUGAGAUAAUUCACACUGGAAAAAAGCCUUAUGUAUGUAAGUAUUGUGGAAAAGCCUUCAACCACCCCAGUAGUCGAAACAGACAUGAAAGGAGCCACACUGCAGAGAAAAUUUAUGCCUGCAAGCAUUGUGGGAAAAAGUUCACCAGUUCUACUUAUCAAAACAUUCAUGAAAGAAUUCACACUGGAGAGAAACCUUACGCAUGUAAGCAUUGUGGAAAAACAUUCACCAAUUCCAAUACUUGUAGUAUUCAUGAAAGAAUGCACACGGCAGAGAGACAUUAUACAUGCAAGUAUUGUGGAAAAGCCUUUUCCUGUCCCAGUCUUCUGAAUACCCAUGAGAUAAUUCAUACUGGAGAAAAGCCUUAUGUAUGUAAGCAUUGUGGAACAGCCUUCAACAAUCCCAGUAGUCGUAGCAGGCAUGAAAGGAGCCACACUGCAGAGAAACCUUAUGCCUGCAAGCAUUGUGGGAAAAAGUUCACCAGUUCUACUUAUCGAAACAUUCAUGAAAGAAUUCACACUGGAGAGAAACCUUAUGCAUGUAAGCAUUGUGAAAAAGCCUUCACCAAUUCCAAUGCUUGUAGAAUUCAUGAAAGAAUGCACAGGGUUGAGAGUCAAUAUACAUGCACGCAUUGUGGAAAAGCCUUUUCUUGUCUCAGUCUUCUUAAUAUUCAUGAAAUAAUUCACUCUGGAAAAAAGCCUUAUGCAUGUAAGCAUUGUGGAAAAGCCUUCAACCACCCCAGUAGUCGUAGCAGACAUGAAAGGAGCCACACUGCAGAGAAACCUUAUGCAUGAGCAUUGUGGAAAAACCUCAACAAGCCAGUAGGUGUAACAGACAUGAAAGGAACCACACUACAGAGAAGCAUUGGACUUAUAUAUGCAUGCAUUGUGGGAAAACCUUUUUCUGGCGUAGUCAUCUGAACAUCCAUGAAAUAAUUCAUACUAGAGAGAAAGCCUUAUGUAAGUAAGCAUUGUGGAAAUUCGUUCAACAACGCCAGUAGUUAGUUAUAACAGACAUGGCAAGAGUCACACUGCAUAGAAACCUUGUUCGUAUAGGUAUUGCAGAAAAAGCCUUCACCAAUUUCACUUCCUGUAAGACUCAUGAAAAGAGUUCACAUUAAAGAGAAGUCUCAUAUAUUUAAGCAUUGUGGAAAAGCAUUUAUCCACUCCAUUCAGCUGAACAUGCAUGAAAGGGUUCAAAUUGGAGAGAAGGCUUUUGCAUGUAUACAUUACAGGAAAACUUUGAACACUUCAACUUCUCCUGAUUUGCAUGAAAAAAAAACAAACUUGAGGAAAAACCUUGUGUGUGUAAAAGAUGUGGAAACUGUUCAUUCUAUUGACCUUAACAGGCAUAAAAUAUUUCACUUGAAAUGAAAGCUUUAUGCACAUAAGAAUUGUGGAAAAGCCUUCAGCUGCUCUUGUGAUCAUAACAGACAUGAACCUCUUCACACUAGUCAGUAGCCUAAUGCGUGUAACCAUUGUCAGAAAUCCUUUACUAGAUUCAUUUGGUACAAGAGUAAAAACAUUCACACUGGAUAGAAACCUUUUGUAUGUGCACAUGGUAUAUGAACUAUUUCUUUGUUCUUGUGAUUUUUAACAAGCAUAAGGAUCUCACACAGUGUCUGUAAUGUGGGAAAGUCUUCAGCACAUCCAGCUUCUGUAACCCGCAUGCACAGGUUUACAGUGGAAAGAAUUCUAAAGCAUAUAUCCAUUUAAGUAUUGUCCAAAGCCUUCAGAGUUCCUGCUGCCAUUCUAAAGAAGUCACUCUGGAGACAGACUUUACAUGUAUAACCAUGUGGAAAAUCUUUUAACAUCCACAGUUCCUACUAUACUCAAUAAAUUGUUCACUUUGUGAGAACUUUUAUGUUUAGAAUAAAUGUGGGAAAAUAGUCAAAGGGUUUAGAAUGAAUAAAACUUAAAAGUGUCCUCUUUGGUAGCGUGUUCCGGAUAUUCUGUGUUUUACAUGAGCUAGUCAUGAUUCUUCCCAGUAAAUGUGAUUAUGUGCAUUGCCUCCCUGGAUGUUACAUGGUGGAAAUAAUAUAUCAUAUUCUGAAGCUGUCUUCUAACAAUCACAUGUACACUUAAUAUUGAACACACACAUACAUAUCUGUGCACACACAAACACAGAGAGACACACAAAUGAGUAAAAAAUAGCAUAUUCAUAGAGGUGGAGAAAGAAUUAACAAAUAAAUUCCAAUGUAGAACAAAAGAGAUUAUGACAGAUACUCACCAAGAGCCCAUAGCUCUUAAUCAUCCUCAUACAUAUCUACCAAUGAGAACAAAGUUUCAAAAAACCUACUGGGCCAUUUUUCAAGUGAACUUCUACUGCGGUUGUUUUCAAACCUACUACACUAGCAAUAAUUAAAAAAAAUGACAGAAAUUAUUGCACUUACUAUAAUUGGUUUUCAUUUAUAUGUACUAAAUAUUAGGAGUUAAAUUACAAAUAUACACAUUCCAUAAUCUCUUUCGUGCACGUGUCCUCCAAAAUACCCAUUUACUUUCAACCCACAUUUGUAAUUUUGCACAUCAAGCACAUGACUUAUGAUUCUUUUCUUGCCCCGGGAGUCAUGUACAUACACAUGCCAAACACACAUGCACAUACAUGAAAACACACAACUCUUAUACUCACACUACGUAAAAAUGAGUAGUUUAAAAACUUUUCAUAUGUGUUUUCUCUUUGGAGGUCUUCACAAAUCUAUAUAGAGAGGAGUGAUUUAUUCUUCUAAUAUUCAUUCUAGUGUUUGAAAAUACAUAUUUUUCUUGACCGGUUGUUAUUAUGGUUUACUGGUUUUACUGCUGGUAAUAAUUGAGUGGUUUUUUUUUUCUACCACUUAGUAAAGUAAGAGCUUUUACUUUGGAGCUACUUAUUAAAAAGAAAAUUUUUAGCUAAGUUACAACUUGAUCUCUCAAUGUACUGUUUACAAACCAUAUGUUUCCUUUCGAAAAAGCUUUGUGAUGGACAACAAUGAAUAUUGGCAAUAACCUGCAGUUUGAGAGAGACCUUAGUUGCGCCUGGGCCGGGAAAUAGAAGGAAAGUGUCCCAUCCUUGGCACUAAUUUCUCAUUAGUAACCAAUGGCACUUGGGGCAGAAGUAAUCAUCAAUGGAGAAAUAUCCAUUGAGUCAUCUAUAUUUUUAACUAUGGUUUCAAACUAGCUUUCUCUGUGACGUGGAUGGUGUGAUUUUUUUUUACCACAUACACAUACACCCUAUUCUUCAAAUCUUAAAACUACCGUCUUUGCUUAUACCUUUUAACCCACUGUUAUACUCUCUCCCAAUAUUUUUGUGAUGUGUUCUAACAAACUUUUCUUCCAUCUAAUUGUCCCUAUUUUUAUUGUCUUUCCUAUACACAUGGUUAAAUAAACAUGGAAAUGUGGUAGCUAGGAUCUACAUACAAGAAAAAAAUCUUAGCAUUUUUCUUUCUGUGUCAGGUUUACUCACCCAUGAUAUUUUCCAAAUCCCAUCUAACUGCCCUCAAAUUCGAUAGCUUAAAAGUUUAUAACCAUGUACCAAUUUUUCACUAUAUAUAUUUACCACAUUUUCAGUAUCUACACAUAGUAUUUCUCACACCUUUGUUCUGAAAAACAGUGAGGAUAGCAUUACUACACAUUCAAAUUUCACUAAGUACUGUUGAAAACUGGAAGAUGUGCCUUUGUUAUUGUCCUAUUAGGAUGCAUUAGAAAAAGCACAAUGUGUUUGAGAUUUAUCUGGGACAAACUAGUACUCCUUAUUUGUGGGGGAGUGGGGCAACAAAAUGCUGAUGAUGUUUCUAUAAAAAUAUAUUUACAAAUCAAAAGAAAUUCAGCUCUGGGUAGUACACAAUCACAUAAUGUUCUAUAAUCCAUUACUUUUGGGGCAUGCUCUACGAAGAAAUUAAAAAUUUCACAAGACGAGAGAAGGGAAACUAAUUAGCACUGUGACUUCUGUGCCUCAGGAAGUUUGUCAUUAUGUGUGCUGGUAUCAGAAAACAUUUCUCUCACUAGACUGACAAAGUUUCAACUUUGCAUCCAGUAUAGACACUGGGAUAUUACACACAUAGAUAGUCAUCUGUGUGUGCUUUGAGCAAACAGAUGAUUUUAAGCAAAAUAGAUUUUCAAACCACCCAAUGUCCUAAUGAUUUCCAUGCAUAUUUGACCACCAGACACCAACUGCAAGGGCUGUGUGUUGCCUAACUGAUGAUGAGUCUCACCAUGGUGGCUUGUUGGAAGUGCACAUGUAUAUGUAGCUAGUCUGGGAACUUAAUCAACCCUCUAUGCCAUGUCUUUUGACUAUUCUGAUUUAUUACCUUAUUCCACCUCUUGAAAAUUAAUCUCUAGCUAGAUUUUGUCUUGCUCAAUUUCCAUUUGUUUUGAUGGGUAGGUCGGUAAAUAUCUUCAAUACCAAUAGUAAGUUAAAUUUUGAAGAUUUUUGUUAUUGAUUUGCUAUUUAGCUAAGGCUUGCCUUGAAGAUGCCUCUUGCUUCAGCCUCCCAAGUUCUAAAAUGGAAGAAAUGUCUAUUCACAGUCAUGUGGAAAUGAUAAUUUUCACUUUGUCUAAGAAUUUCAUGUAUGAAGAUAUUACAGAACAAUGAACUUACUAAGAACAUAAAUGUGGAGAUGUGUCAGCAGUAUAGAUAGAGCUCUUGUGUUCUUGAGGAUGAACAGAGUUCUUUUCCCAGCAGCCAUGUUGAGUGCCACACACACACACACACACACACACACACACAGUUAUAAAUAUUUUAAAAGAAUGCAGUCUAAUUCCUAUGGUUUCUCUAUGUUAAAAAGUCCCAUUGCUUUACUUCUACUGAUAUCCUUUGUGUUGCAUAAUCCCAGGCAGAGAGGCAAACGAUCAUGUGUGAGGGGAAAUGAACAAGAGACUCUAACUCCUUCAGUGAGCCCACUGUAGGGAUAAUUCAUGCCUUUCGUUUCAUACUGUGAGGUAGAGGGAAGGAGAGAGAGCGGGAGAUGACGAGAAAGAGUGUCAAUGUAAGUUUAGGUGUAUGUGUCCCAUAGCGUAUAUAUGGCGGUCACAGGACAACAGAGCAGACCUGUACUGUAGACUAGUCUGUGAUAAUGACACUGUGGUGCAAAUGAGUACUGAAUUUGUUAACAAUGUUGUCUCUGUGGUUUCAAAAGUAAUUUGUUGCAAACUCAGUUUGUAUUGGAAAAUUAGAUGAACUUCAGAAAAUGAAUGUUUGGUGUCAUAGUGUACUAAUGAAUUUUGUUGCAAUUUUAUUCCAAGUUCCCUUGGAAGAGUGAACUUCAGUUUAGAUAUUGUAUUGGUCAGUACAGCCUGUGGCCAUCCAUGUCUGUGAGGGAUUCUUUUGAUUGGUGGCUGGGGGACUAGUACUAUUUGGCACCACUAUCACAUGGCAGGUGGUCCUGCGCUAUAUAAGAAAGUUAGCUGUUCAUGAUUCAGUCUACAGUGGAGCCACUAAUCAAGUUCUUCCAUGGUUUCUGCUCAUCUUCCUGCCGUGGAUUUUCUCAGUGUUGGACUGUGACAUGGAUGUGUAAUCCAAAUUAACCUUUCUUCACUAUGUUGCUUUUGGUCAUGGCAUUUAUCACAGAAAGUAAAAGCAAAAUAAAACACAAUAAUUUCAGAAAACUCUGUGAUGGGUCCUAAUCUUCAAAGAUAUUGUGGAAAGAUUUUAAAGUGAUUAAAUCCCAACUGUUUGAUGCUGUUAUAAUCCAAAAUAUUAGCUUUUGAGAAGGUAGAUUUGUACAGCCUUGUUUCAUUUUCCUUUCCUCUAGCAUCUUGAGGAGAGGAUGAUGUAGAUUUAGUUACCUUCUUUCUUUGCUGCAGUAUAAUCAGUGAAUAAAGCUCAUAUCUCCUCUCCCAUAGUCUUAGUUCCCUCCAGUUAUUUAUUGUCUCAUAUUUUCUCUAGUCUUGUUGAUAUAAUCUUAAAAUUUUCAGUCUUUUUUAUUGAAGGAAGGGAUUACAUGAUUGUAAUACCAAGCAAGGAGACUAGGAAAACACGCAGAUUAAUUGCUCUGUUGGGGCCCUGGAGGUCAGCAAUUGCUUACUCUGGUAUAAACCAUGACCAAGAUAUGCUCAUGUGAUUGAGGAAAUCUGUAAGCAUCAUAGAAGUAAGGUCUAAAAGGAUGUCCUUUAGGGCUUUUAUCGGACAUGGCUUCACACUCUUAAAUAAAUAUUGACUUGUAAUCUUUAUCAAACAUCUACUGGCUCGAGAUACAAAUGUGUAAAAGGAAAUACACAUCACAGCUAAAAAGUAAUUAUUCUGACUGCACUAAAUUUUAUAGUAUUUUUAAAUCAUUUAAUGAUGAAGCUCCCAUACAAUAAAUGUAGAAAGGAAUACUAGACCGCCAGUGCUGGUUCUUUUGUUUUAGAGACAUUUUGCAAAACAUAACCAUGGGAUUAUAAAGGAAAUUUAGCUCACCUCUGUCUCAAAUACACAGUGGCAAAAAAGUUUACAUUUUCCCACAACAUUUUAGAUUAAAAAAUUAAUAGCCUAUCCUCUUGAGCAAACUACAUAUUCUUCUGGGGAAAAAGUUAAGGUCAAACCCAGGUAACACAGGUCCCAACUGUCAGUCUUGGAAACCCUGGUCCUGGGUGACUAAUGUGAAUAUGUAUUUGAACAGAAAUCAUUUUAUCCAAUUAUCAGUAAAUAUUUAGGCCUUCAUUGUAGGCAAAUUAACUGGAAUUGAGCAGUGGAAUAUCUACAGUAUAUGGAGUGCAUUCAAAUACUCAGCCUCAGCGACACAUAAGUUUACCUGCUAUUAAAUAAAGAGAAUUUAAUUCUCUGCCACAGCAACUGGUAAAAUAUCUAAAUGAAAUAUUUAGGGCUCUAUUCAAUGUUUGAUAACAUGUUAUAUUGCCAUUUAUUUAUUUAAAACUCUUCAUUUUGACUAUGAAAAAAUAACUUUCAAUGAUGUAGAAGAGCUAACAUUCGUACAGAGAUGUUAAUAAUAAUCUAUUUACAGAAAAUAUUAACUUGAUUUCCUUUGUGGUGAUUCUCAUGCAUAACAAAAAUAAUAAGUCUUAAUUUUGUUUUAUGGCAUUUUGGAUGCCUCUGGAUAAUAUUCGUUGUAAAUCAUUUUUGGACAAAUUGCUAUGGAUACCUUUUCAAAAAUAUGUUUCUAAAAUUUUUAAUGUUAUUUUUUAUGUGUAUGGGUGUGUGUCUGCAUGUCUGUGCACCAUUGCGAACUUGGUAUUGUGUGUGUGUGUGUGUGUGUGUAAUUUCAUUUCCAUGGUGAGAAUGAGAAUGAAAAAACAUCCAAAACCAAAAAAGAGUCACAGUCAAAAUCCAAGUAUUAUUAUUCCAUACAAGUAAUAUUGGCUAUGCUAAGUAUUAAAAUCAUAAUAAUUAAUAUCUCAUUUCAUUUUUCUAAGAUUAAGAAGCAUCUUAUCUAAGAUAAAUUUAACUUACAACAUUAAAAAGGACUGAUGGCCUGUCUAUUAUGCUCUCCUCUUUAUUUCUUUACAUUUUUAAACAUAAACUAUCUUUUCCAUUUAACACACCAAUCCCAGUUCCCACUACUUCCCCUUCUCUCAUUCCCUCCACCUACCUCACCACCUCACUCCCCAUCCACUUCUCAGAGAGGGUAAAGCACAUUGCUUUGGAGAAGGUCCAGGGCCCUCCAUUCCAAAAAAGCUAGUAGAAGCAGUAGGGAUAAAUCCUGUUGCCACUGCCAGUGUCCCCACAGUCUGUCCCAGCCAUACAUCUGUUACCUACAUUCAGAGGUAUAGUUUGGACCUAUGCUGGCUCCUUCUUUGCCUGACUGGUGUUGGUGAGCUCCCAUUAGCUUAGGUAAACUGUUUUAGUGGGUGUCCCCAUUACAGUCUUGACCUCUUUGCUCAUAUUCUCACUCCUCCCACUCUUCGACUGGACUUUGUUUCCUCAGUCUAGUGAUCUGAUACAGGUCUCUGCCUUUGUUUCCAUCAGUUGCUGGAUGAAGGUUCUAUGGUGAUAUUUAAGAUAAUCAUCAAUCUGACUACAGGGCAAGGCCAGUUAGGGCACCCUCUUCUCUGUUGCUUAGGGUUUUAGCUGGGGUCAUCCUUGUGAAUUCCUGGGGAUUUCUGUAGAGCCUGGUUUCUUGCUAGCCCCCAAAUGGCUCCCUCAAUCAAAAUAUAUCUUACCUUCCUCUCAUCUCUGCUUUUCCUCCAGUUCAACUAUCAUAUUCCCUCAAGUUCUCCCUCCUCCCUUUCUCCCUUCCUCUCCCCCUUCUGCCCUCCCUACUCCCCCCACCCACAUGCGCCCAGUUUUUUAGGCAAUCUUGUCUAUUUUGACUUGCUAGGUGGAUCUAUGUAAUGUUUUUCUUAGGGUCCAUCUUCUUACUUAGCUUUUCUAGGAUCAUAAACUAUAGACUCAAUAUCCUUUGCUUUAGAGUUAGUAUCCAUUUAGGAGUAUCCAUACUAUAUUUAUCUUUCUGGGUGUGUGUUACCUCACUCAAAAUAAUUGUUUCUAGUCCCGUCCAUUUGCAUGCAGAUUUCAAGAUUUCAUUGUUUUUUACCUUUGAGUAGUACUCCAUUGUGUAAAUGUACCACAUUUUCGUUAUUCAGUAUUCAGUUGAGGGGCAUCUAGAUUGUUUCCAGGUUCUGGUUAUUACAAAUAAUACUGCUAUGAACAUAGUUGAAAAUGUCCUUGUAAUGUGAUUGAGCAUCUUUUGGGUAUAUGCCCAAGAGUGGUAUUGUUGGGUCCUGAGGUAGUUAGAUUAUCAAUUUUGAUCAAUCUGUUUUUAUGCCAAUACAAACUGUUUUUAUUACUGUAGCUGUAUAAUGAAUCUCAAUAUCAGGGAUGGUGAUACCUCUGGAAGUUUUUUUAUUGUACAGGAUUGUUUUGGCUCCCCUGGGUUUUUUGUUUUUCCAUAUGAAGUUGAUUAUCUUUGUUUCAGGAUCUGUGCAGAAUUGUGUUCGGAUUUUGAAGGGAUUGCUUUUGGUAGGGUUGCCAUUUUUAUUACGUUGUUCCUUCCUAUUCAAAAUCAUGCUCUCUUCUUAGAAGACUGACUUUCCCAAACUUUGAUUAUUUAAUUUCCCAAAUUAAAAUAAAUUUUAGAAAGUGGCUUAAAUGCUAAGCUGGUGAUGUCUGUUCAGUCUAAAAGGCUUACCAAUAAUCAGGUGAGGCUCUAUGUUUUGGACAUUGAAGUUUUCUAUUUAGAUCACAAUCAUAUCUUUAAAAGAAUAAGCUUUAGAUUAAAGAUUGCUAAUUCUGGUAAAAUGUGGUUUUUGUUUGUUUGUUUGUUGUUUGUUUUUAGUUUGUCAAGAGAGAGUUUCUGUAUAAGUACCCUGGCUGUCCUGGAACAUGCUUUGUAGUUCAGGGUAGCUUUGAACUCACAGUGAUCUAUCGACCUUUCCUUCUGAGUCCUGGAAUUGAAGGUAUGUGCCUCCACCACCAUGGAACUCUAAAGUAUGCUUUAAUCAACAGAUUAAUUUAAAACUGAGAAACGAUGCAAUUCCUUAGCUUUAAAAUUAUCUUCAUUAAAUAUUUAUAUAAAGGUACUCUUUAUAUUUACUUUGUUUUAUAAAACUAAUAUGGUACUAUUUGGUUCAUAAGUAGGUGGUCACAUUAGGCUGGACAGUGGUGGCACAGCAAUUAGGAGGCCAAACCAUGUGGAUUUCUGUGAGAGCAAGGCCAGCCUUGUCAACAGAGCAAGUUCCUGGAAAGCCAGGACUACACAGAGAAGCACUGUAUAAAAAGAAAAAAGAAAAGAAAAAACAAAAAUAAUAACACAGAGAGACACAAACACAAAAGAGUUCCUAUUAAUUAUAACUUGCAGGUUGACCGAAAUUUCUUUUAGUUCAUAGUGUAUUUUUUUUGCGGGGGUGGGGGGUUCAAGACAGUUUCUCUGUAGCUUUGUAACCUGUCCUGGCACUUGAUUUGUAGACCAGGCUGGUCUCAAACUCACAGAAUCCACCAGCCUCUGCCUUUUGGGUGCUGGGAUUAAAGGCGUGUGCCACCACUGCCUGACUCAUAGUGUAUUUUAACAUUUUUAAAAGUUAGGUAAAACAUUAGUCAAUAUGUUUUUUGGUUAUAGUUUUCAUUAAAUGGGAGAGAUUUCUAAUUUACAAAUCGAGUCCUAAGUCAAGUUUAUUUAAAAAUCUGUCACUGUCAAGUUUAAACCAAGAGUUAUACAAAGGACAAAAAAAUAUUUUCUUUAGAAACUGUUAGAUGUGAACAGUACCUUGGAGGUCCUGUGGAUUUGGGUUUUGUUUCAACAGUGUUAGGACAGAAAAGAUCCAGGAGCUCCCUCUUUGUUAGCUUGCAGUCACCUUACAGUCCCUCUAGCGGCAUCCUCUGGGACUAUAGCCUCACUGCCUUCAGCUCCUAGGACCAGCCAGCAACAUCUCUUUGCAGUUAGAUCCACACUGAUGAUCAGCAAUGACCUUGUGGAUUCCUCAGAAUUAUUCCACUGAAAUGGAAGCUGCCAUGGACCCCCCUGGUGGUCUUGCACUGCCAGGCCUCCUACACCUACCUGUGUCUGGACUACUAUUUUGAUUGGCUUGAUGUGGCUCUGGAAGGUAUAGGCCCCUUUUCUACAAAUUGGCCAAGGGUAAGUUCGAGGGUGCCAAGGAUCUCUUCAAAUUACAAAACAAUAGCUGUGGCCACACUCUCUUCUAGGAUGUGCAGAAGCCCUCUUAAAGUGAGUGAGGUAAAACCCAAGAAGCCAUGGAACCAGUCUUGGCCCAGGAGAAGAUCCUCUAGUAACCCCUAUUGUAUCUUCAUUCCCUGGCUUCUGCCUGCAAAGACUCAGUUCUGUGACAUCUUGAAAAACCACCUCCUGCAUGAGGAGGUGAAGCCCAUCAAGAAGAUUGGCAGCAUCCUGACCUACUUCCCUAAAGUGACAGAGCCAGACCCAAGCAGACUGGCCAUCUCUGGGUGACUACGUCCUUAGGUGUUUCACACUCAUGCAUGAUUUGGAUUUGGAGUUCUCCUUGCCAUCCAAGAGGCUGUGGCUUUGUCUUUGUACCAGUCAGCCGGAGGACCUCCACCUGAACCUUUCAAGACAUUAGGCAGCUUAAUAACUGCCAUGGUGUCCCUCAAGCCUUGGACUAAGUAAAAAUAAAGCUUUGUAGAACAACAAUAA